AUGUCAAAAAGAGGAGCAGCAGCCAAAGAGGACCCUAAGAAAGUACCAGCAAGAGGAAAAUCCCCAGCCAAAAAGGCUCCAGAGACCACCAACCUUACUGAGGACGAAAUCAAAGAAAUCAAGGAAGCCUUCGAUCUCUUCGACUCAGAUAACUCUGGUACCAUCGAUCCUAAAGAAAUUAACGCAGCUCUUGCAUCUCUUGGCCAAGACAGAACUCCAACCAUCUUCAGACUUCUUGCAGGAAUUGAAGAACUCGGAGCAGCCAUCACUUUUGAUGACUUCUUAGGCCACAUCAGCGAAAGACUCGGCCAUAGAAAUAGCAAAGAAGGUAUUCAAAGGAUUUUCGAUCUCUUUGAUGCAGACGGAUCAAGCUCAAUCAACGUCAAAAACUUAGCUAGAGUUGCUAGAGAGCUCGGAGAAAGCAUGACUGAAGAAGAACUCCAAGAGGCUCUUGCUAAAGUUUCUGCUGAUAAAAAAGCAAUGACUAUUGACGACUUUUACGCAGUUAUGACUAAGAAGAUUUAUGGCUAA